CUUCUCGACACGUCCGUCAUCAUACGCUGCGACUCUUGCACAACACGAGGCAUGUCGUACAAGCUGUUUUGCAUGGGGGAUCCACUCCUCGACGUUCAGGUCCAUGACAACGACCUGCUCACCCGUUAUGACCUGCAACCGAACGGUGCCAUCCUAGCUGAGAAGAAGCAUAUGCCAUUAUACGACGAGAUUGCGAAGCAUCCAAAUGCUAGAUACCUUGCUGGCGGGGGCGCGCAGACGGCGGCGCGAGGGGCUGCAUACUGCCUCCCUCCCAAGUCAGUGGUGUAUACGGGAUGCGUUGGUGGCGACGAAUGGGCAGAUAUACUAAGGACCGCUGACGCCCAAGACGGCCUCGACGAAGUCUUCCUGGUCAGGCCGGAGGAAAAGACAGGCGCCUGCGCUGUCGUCAUCACAGACCACCAUAGGUCGCUCGUAACGGUCCACCGGGCUGCGCGUUUGUUCCACGUCUCUCAUCUCACAUCGCCAUCUAUCGCACCUCUCGUUGCUGCCGCGCAGGUAUUCUAUGUUGAGGCCUUCUUCCUCAAUCACGGCUUGGAAUCCGUAAUGCACCUCGCCACGCAUGCGUCCUCGGCUGGAAAGACUUUCGCUCUCAACAUCGCCGCGCCCUAUAUACCCGCAAAGCUCGGCGACCGUUUGGCACAGGUCCUUCCCCAUUGCGACAUUGUCAUCGCCAACGAGGCGGAGGCCGAGUCCUGGGCGAUCGCGAAUAACCUGCCGGACCCGACUGACCUCCCGGCGGUCGGCCGCGCCCUCGCAACGGUGCUCAAGGUCAAUCCUGCCCGUCCUCGGUUAGCUGUCUUCACGCACGGCGCCAAGCAGACUGUUGUAGUCAGCUCGGAUGCGCCAGACAAGCCGAAGAUUUUCCCGGUCCCACCCCUCCGGGACGAGGAUAUCGUGGACACCAACGGCGCCGGAGACGCCUUUGCGGGCGGCUUCCUCGCUGGCUACGUCCUUGGAAAGAGCCUGGAGGAGUGCAUCGCGGCAGGGCACAAACUUGCUAGCGUCAGCAUCGGUCAGGCGGGGCCACGAUUCCGCUAUCCCAAAGUUCGUAUAUUCUGAAGCUGCUUUAUCCAGUAAUAAUCGCAUGAUACAAUGCCCUGCUGGUUUCUGUGAAGACGCAGUGAUACUAGGAAGUAGCUUCGCGUGCAGGGCUCAUCAGUAAGCCUUGUCCGUUAUUAUUCUACGUCCGAAGUCAGAUACGACGGUACGAAAGUCCUUGGUGACGAUAAAUACUUUACAACACUACUCUUUUGCUUACAUAGUACGGUCAACUUUGCACCACUCCAUCACUCGCCGAUAUCGGCAAGCUUGUCUGGAA